AUGGAAUUCAAACCGUCCGUAGAACCUGUUCACAUACGCGAAGUUUUGCGCAUUGUUGGACUUCGGAAAGUCAGCACACCUGCGAAUGGCAAUUGCUUAGCGAUUGCUCUUGCCCAAGCGUUUGCUGAGUCUGCUUUGGCCGCUCCCGCUAUGGACCAAGAGCUUUUUACAGCGGCACUCAAACGGGGCAUCAAGUCUACAGGGCUUUUGAACUUGGAGGAUCAGCUUCCUCACGACCUGCGUGUUCAGGCACUCAAGAAUGUGGGCCACGGGGAGGGCGACGAUGAUGCGCAAAGAGUCGGCCUCGCAACUACGCUGGUUCUUGGCGGACUACGCGGCUACCCCUUCGGAUCGGACCUCGCCGGUGCCAGACAACUGUUAGGGGGGCAGUGA